UACCUCUUGGCAGCAGGUGAGGUCAAAUGCAGAGGAAAGGAGCGGAAGAGCUUUGCUGACAGGUGGAGGAAAAUAAGCGAAAAAAGGAACAAAUGGACGAGAGUAAAACUGCGCUGACAGAGAGCCUCGUAAUAUGGCUGCAGACCUUCAACACUCCUGCUCCCUGCAGAACAGUAGAGGAGCUGACCACUGGAGCGGCAAUAUCUCAGGCAUUAAAUCAAAUAGACCCAGCGUGGUUCACUGAUGGAUGGCUCGUUCGAAUCAAAACAGAUGUUGAGGAGAACUGGAGACUGAAGAUGAACAACUUGAAGAAGAUCCUUCAGAUGGUGGUUGAUUAUUAUAAUGAGGUCUUAGCCCAGGAAAUCUCAGAUUUCCCCCUGCCAGAUCUGGCCCUGGUGGCGGAGCAUUCAGACCCCAUGGAGCUGGGGAGGCUCCUGCAGCUCGUGUUGGGCUGUGCUGUCAGAUGUGAGCGUAAACAAGAAUACAUUCAGAUCAUCAUGACCUUGGAGGAGUCGGUGCAGCAUGUUGUUAUGACAGCCAUCCAGGAGCUCAUGAGUAAAGAGAUCAUGGCCCCGUUUGGAGCAGAGCUGUCAGGGGACUUGGAACAGCAGCUGAAAAAAGCCCUUGAGGAACUCUCUGAGCUUCUAGCAGAGAAGGAAGCGUUAGCCCAACGCUGCCAAGAGCUGGACAUACAGGUGGCUGUUCUUCAAGAGGAACGGAACAGCUUAUUGGCUGAGAAUGAUGUCCUAACAGAUCGAACCAAUCAGCUGGACACAUUCGACGACCCAAGCACCCCCUCAGGAAGAAAGCACAGUCAGCUGCAGCAACAGUUGGAGGCGCUGCAGGAGGAGAACUUCAGGCUGGAGGCUGCCAAGGAUGACUACCGGAUCCACUGUGAAGAGCUGGAGAAGCAGCUGAUUGAGGUUCAGCACCGUAAUGACGAGCUCACCAGCCUAGCAGAAGAAUCUCGAGCCCUCAAAGACGAACUGGACGUUCUGAGGAACUGCUCAGAUCGAGUGGUGAUGCUGGAGGCCUCAGUGGACACAUACAAACGCAAACUGGAGAAUCUCGGUGACCUGAAGAGGCAGAUGAAGCUGCUGGAGGAGAAUAACAUGACCUACAUGCACAACACUGUCAGCUUGGAAGAAGAGCUGCGCAAGGCCAAUGCUGCCCGGGCACAGCUCGAGACCUAUAAGAGACAGGUCCAGGAGUUGCACAGGAAGCUGUCGGAGGAGUCAAGGCGAGCAGACAACCUGGCCUAUGAGAUGAAGAAGUUAGAGGAAAAACAUGAAACUGUGAUGAAGGAGAAAGAGAGGAUCAUCAUUGAGAGAGAUUCUCUAAAGGAGAUCAAUGAGGAGCUGCGAUGCACUCAGGCUCAACAGCACCAGCUCUCUCAAGCAGGGAUGCUUCCUUCUAGCAGCCCCAGUCAUGAAAACCUGGCAGCUGAAUUAAUACCUAUUGAGUACAGAGAGAAGUUCAUCAGGCUGCAGCAUGAGAACAAGAUGCUGAGAGUGCAGCAGGAGGAGUGUGAGAGGGAGAAGAUCGCUGCGCUGCAGGACCAGCUGGAGGAAGCACAUAAGACACGCAGUGAACUGGAUACUGAGAACAGGUUGAGCAGAGAGCGGAUCAGUGAGCUGCAGCAGCAGGUGGAGGACCUCCAGAGGGCUCUGCAGAGUCAGGCAGCCAAACCUGAUGAUUCAAACCUGAAGCGGAAACUUGAUGCACACAUGGUCCAGCUGAAUGAGGCUCAAGACGAAAUCAUGAAGAAGAAAGAGCUGCUGGAGGACCUUCAGCCCGACAACACUCAAACCACCCUGAAGCUGGAUGAGCUGAUGGCUGCUCUGAAGAAGAAGGACGAUGACAUGAGGGCCAUGGAAGAGAGGUACAAAAUGUACCUGGAGAAAGCUCGUAACGUUAUCCGAGCGCUGGAUCCUAAACUAAAUCCAGCCACCGCUGAGAUUCAGGCUCUGAGGAACCAGUUAGCAGAUCGGGACAAGCAGAUUCUCAACCUGGAACGUCUAUGUGAGCAGGCCAAACUGAGAGAGUAUGAGGAGAAGCUGAUUGUCACUGCCUGGUAUAACAAGAGUCUGAACUUUCAGAAGCUUGCGAUUGAAUCACGUCUCGGUGGCUGCACCUCCUCCGUGCUCUCCCCCGGCCAGUCCUUCUUGUCCCAACAGCGACAAGUCUCAAACGCCCCACGCCGGGCGCUUUCCAUCAGCGUGCCUGCCACUACCUCCAAGUAGACCUCGACGUAGAGCCAAAUGUCUCACCUUUAUUCAGUUAAGGGAAGAAUACUCUCCCUCCCACCAGUGAGCACUCAAGUGACCUUAAACACAUCUGCUCUCAGUGCUUGGGAGGGGUCACGGCGAAGAGCACUGAGCACUCAUCAAACACAACCUUAUAGGUCACAUACCUGACGUUACAGCAUACUGUCCCAUAAUACACUAGCUACAGGCCGACCUUUCAUAGAACAGGAAGACACAACCUGCUUUCACCUCACUAGUUAAAGUAGCGCACAUUGUCCCAACCUGUAGAGCUUAUUUUCCCUCCUGCUCUGUGUGUUUGCUUUGCCAACUGCAGACUCGGCUGAACACUCGCUGUAAUCGAUUUAGCCUUCACUCUUAUAUCCUGUCAUGCUGCGUACUUGAACAGGCUUGAAAGAAAUGUAAAUAAUGCUUGACUAUCUUAUUCAGAAUUGGAGCCCGAAAUAUUUAUGAAUGUGAUUUUUAAAAAGGGGUUACUUGAACUAAAGCCAACUAAUUUCAGAUGAUUGUUUAUGUAUAGGAAACUGUACCAUCAUACUAUGCAGUUAAAGGAAUACUUCACCCACUAAAUGAUCAUUUGUGUAUCAGUUGCUCACCUUGAGUUAUGCUGAAUUUCAGAAGAAAAAAAAAGUUUUUCUCACAUGCCUCCAUGUUGAACAAGAAUCCAAAAGCAUAAAAAAAUCUUGAUGACUUGGAGUAAAAGGUGGGCUGCAUUUAACAGCAUCAAAACGGUAUCAAAACAUGCGUUUACAAACUCACACACAACUGCAGUAUAAUUCAGCUGUAUGCCUAGUACUUCCAAGACAUGCGUUUCUGCUAAAACCUUACUAUUUAAAUAAUUUCCGCAUACAAGUAACAUGCCUGGGCAAGGACGAGCAUUGGCACUGUGCUUGUGUGCCAUUGAGCAGAGUUCAAACACACAGGCUUGCCCAGGCGUGCUACUCAUCUGUGUGUCAGUAUCAGUUUGUUUACAUGCACAGUUUUAGUCAAGCUUCUAAUAUAACUCUAUUAGGCAGUUUCAUUUGACUGCUGUCCUUGUCCCAAUAUACAAACUUUUGGGGAGAAUUUAUUUAUUGAUGGAAGUAUGUCCAAAACUCUGCCGCGGUAGGUGGCAUUAUGCCCCCUUUCAGCUUGAAGGUGUUGGACCUUCUUGAGGUUGACCUCUUAUGUCACAUAUGAAACAAGUUAGCAAGCGUCUUGUUUUGUUUUCUUUCCUUCUUCUUCUUUUGUUUUCCCCAGGUUUCUUCUAUGAAUUUAUGUGGUUCGUAUUCUGGGUCAAAGUCCGGUGUGCUGACUAUGUAGCAUGCGGUUGAUACUCAUGACCCCUUGUCAUGAGUAUCAGUAUUUUUUUUCAUUAAUUCAGCAUAACAUGAGGUGAGUAAUUAAUACACAAAAGAUCAUUUUGUGGGUGAAGUAUUCCUCGAAGGAUUUAAUCAGCAGACUGACUAAAAGACAGAUGUGCUUCAGAUGUCUUUGAGAAAUUGAUCGCUAUAUUUGGUGCUGGCCACCAACUCCUUUUAAGCAUCAAACAUCAGUCAGUCAGUUUACUUAACUGGAACAAGCCCAUCUUGUAAAGCUGUGAAGAUCCUAUCAAUCAUAAAGUGAUCAACCUCUGAGGUGCUGCAAUGACAAAUCCUACACAAGAAAUCCAGGACAAGUGUAUUUACUGUGUAUUUUCUAUACUCCUAAAGUGUGAUUUGACCUCCUUACUGGCAGCAUGCUCUAAAUGAAAACUGGCAGGCCUUUCUAUUCACUGAAGCUCUUGACAGAAAUCAAGUCACUGAAGUUGUAAAGCUGUAAUGUAAACAUGAUUUUAACACCAGCUUCUGAUCCGAAUGUCAGAUCCAGGUUAAGCUUUCAUACUGUAUCUGCAAAUUGUAACUUGAGAAUUUUAAUUGUAGUAGAUAUUGUAUUUAAUCAAAUACGUUUUCAGGCUGUUAGUGUCAGAGUGAAGAGCGCUGUAGAGAAGCCGCUGUUUUUUUUGAUAUUGUGGGUUAUUGGCUGUCCAUCCUUCUUGAAGUUAAACUGCACUCGUUUCACAACAUGAAAUGGCUGUUGAUUGUCACUCUGUAUGUUUGCAGUAACACUAAAGAGACGUUCUGUUAUGGUGAUUUUGACAUUUGUGAUCUAUAGUGUUAGUCAAAGCGCUUUUAAUUCCUUUGCAGUGGAUGAUUCUCGUAGAUUGCUUAUUUAAAAUCUGUCAUUUAUACGAAAUGAAGAUGUACAAUCACACGUAGCACAGCACAGAGUGUUAUGUCUGUGUGUUAAUGAAGAAAAGUGGAUGAAGGCAUUAUACAUUUUCAGGAAUUUAAUGAGUAAAUUUAAAGCCUUGGGUUUUCUUGUGAAUAAAUAAAUUCUUUUUGUAAA